CGGAAUGAAAACUUUUCCAGCCUUAUCUGUAAAUAGUUACUUGAUUUCCCCCCUAUUAAAAAAUAGGCUACAUAUAAUCACUUAUCCGGAAAGACGUAGUGUUCACCCGCGAGUUUAUCCUCACAGUAGCAAUAGCCUAACCCUCGGACGUGGUAGUAACACUACGUUGGAGGUUGGGGUAGGGAUUUUUGGUGACAUUGCAACAAGCAUUGGUCACAGGAUUAGCAAACGCAUUGUCUUUUGACAAACCCAUUCUAUGGACUUGCUUUUAACUCUCCACAGGCCGCUUCUUAACAACGCUGAAUUGUUACGUUGAAGAAGAGCACCGUAGCAGCCUCCUCCGGUCAUAGAGUGAAUCACACUGCAAUUAUUUUAUAAUUUUGCAGCAAUUAUUUUUCUUUUCUGCAAUGUCACGACUGGCUUCUGUAGACUACGAGGUGUUCGGACACGUGCAAGGUGUAUUCUUCCGCAAGUACACGCAGAAAGAGGGGAGCCGGCUGCAGUUAGUGGGCUGGGUGCGGAACACAAACUGGGACACAGUGGAGGGCCAAAUCCAGGGCCCGAAAGAGGCUGUUGAAAAUAUGAAGAAUUGGUUAAGAACCACAGGCAGCCCCAUGUCCCGCAUUGACAAGGUCAACUUUACCAACGAGAAAGAGAUUCCUGCCCUAGAGUUCGACUCUUUCACCACUAGAUACUGAGGAGUUAACUCCUGCCCUGUAUCUUAUACCAUCAGCGGGUAUAAACUGGCUGGCUUCACUUCAUCUGCAGUCCCAUCUGAGCUUCCCCGCAAGACGCCAUUUUGUGCACUGAGAAAUUUUUAUAAAUGGCUCGUUUCAAGAAUGAAAUAUUUGUGUUGUGGGGGACAAUCCAUCACUAACUCCAACCACAAUGGUACAAUCCAGAUGUAAAGUACAUUCUAACAGACAUGUCUAUUUAUUAAAGAAGAAACAUACCACCAAAUUAAUCUUUCUGUAACAUUAAUGCAUUAAAACAUAUUUGUGUGUCUA